CACCAAAAAAUGUUCAAAGAUUUCCUGAAAAUGUUGAAAAUGUGGACAUCAGAAGUUUCACUGUGGAAAUAUAUAUUUAAUAAAUGUUCAGUGAUGGAGGUGAAGCAGACGUCAUCAUCUUCCCCAACUUUACUGUUCUCUGAGCUCAACAUUUAAAAUAGUGGACAGGAACGUGUUUUUCUUAAUUAUGCUUGAAAUAAACAUACAGUGUCCUCUCUCAUAUCAUGUUUUGUCCAACAUGCGUCAUCUCAGACUUUGGCACUGUGGACUCGCAGACAGUCACUGUGAAGUCGUAGCCUCAGCUCUGAAGUCCAACUCCUCCCUUCUGACAGAACUGGACCUGAGUGACAACCAGCUGCAGGAUCCAGGAGUGAAACAUUUGUCUGACGCACUGAAGAGUCCAAACUGUAAACUGGAGACUCUGAGGUUGAGCGACUGCAGUUUGUCAGAGAUCAGCUGUGAUUCUCUGGUCUCAGCUCUGAAGUCCAACCCCUCCCAUCUGGAACAUCUGGACCUGAGAGGAAGCAAACUGCAGGAUACAGAUGUGAAGCAGCUAUAUGGUUUUCUGGAGAAUCCAGACUGCAGCCUGAAAACUCUGAGCUGGAUGUCAUGGUGAUGAUCAGGACAGUGUGUGCUGAGAGGAUGAAGUGUGUCCUGAAGAUCCAGACAUGGACUAAGAUGUGAAGAAUUACCAGCCUUGUGUCAUAAUUGAGCAGAUAAAUAACUUGAAUAAUAGCAGGGAGAGUUUGACUGUAUUUCUCCACAGUGCUGAUUUACUGCUUCAACAGACCGACUUGGAUGAAGAGAAUCUGUUGAUGAAAGAUUGAAGUCCUUCAGCAGGAUUUACUGACUUGACAUUUCAACAACAGUCACUUUUAAUACACUUAAUAAAGUUGGUUUGUUUGUUCCCACAGAGUGAA